AUGAACGUGAAAACCGUGCUCAUCCUCCUCCUUCUGGCCUUAGCCACGAUAUUUGCUUUGGUCUGUGUGCUGCUGACCAGAGGACGGGGCCCCAGCACCUGCCAGCACCAGCCCUGUAAGGAGGCCCCCGACGACAGCCAGAGCCUGGUCUUUGCCGAUCUGACGCCCGAAGAGAUGCUGCAAGUGGUGCGGUACCUGCAGGGAAACCUCGGGGUGCAGCUGGUUGACGCCUCGCGUGCAAAGCCCUCCGACAACUGCAUCGCCUCCAUCGACGUGCAGGUCCCCGCCAAGGCAGAGGUGCUGCGGUUCCUGGAUGGUGGGGGGCCUCGCCCCCCCCGGGAGGCGCUGGCUGUGCUGUACUUUGGGAACCAGCCAGACCCCAACGUCACCGAGUACGUGGUGGGUCCGCUGCCGACACCGGUGUAUCACCGGGACGUCACGGUGCAGAAGUACGGGGGGAAGGUGCCGUACCACCGCAGACCUGUUACCGGCAAGGAGUACGUGGAUAUCAACGCCCUCAUCCAGCGGGAGCUGCGAAAGGCACCGCGCUUCCUCGCCACGUGCUGUGAGUCUGACGGGGCUGACCUGGCCAUCCUCACAACGGCCCCGCGGGGCUUCAAGUCCGGCGAUCGUGCGACCUGGUUUGUCCUCUUCCACGACGUGGCUGGCACUGGGUACUACCUCUCACCGGUGGGGCUGGAGGUGCUGGUGGAGCACGGGGACCUCAACGUCUCCCGCUGGCAUCUGCGCCAAGUCUUCUACAAUGGCCAGUACUUUGCCAGCACGGGGGAUCUGGAGGAUGCGUUUGUGGCCAGCUUGCUGGAGGUUGUCAGGAUCAAGAAGCCCCGGGCUGAAGCAGUGCUGGGCUCGAUGAGACCCCGGCACCCACCCAGCUCCCCGGGGCCGCUGCAGUAUGAGCCCCAGGGUCCCCGCUACAGCGUCAGGGACAACCGCGUCACCUUCCAGGGCUGGAGCAUCACCUUUGGCAUGAACCCCAACUCUGGCCCACGCCUCUUUGACAUCAGGUACCACGGGGAGAGGAUUGUCUACGAGCUGAGUCUCCAGGAAGCCUUAGCCCUGUACGGCUCCAACUGCCCCGGGGGCAUGUCGACCCGCUACCUUGACGGGAGCUUCGGAAUCGGCAGGUUUGCCUACGAGCUUGUCCGUGGCCUCGACUGCCCCUACACAGCAACCUACGUGGACAGGCACUACCUGGCGGAGUCAGACACCCCCAAAACCAACCAAAACUCACUCUGCAUUUUUGAGCAUGACGCUGCCCUCCCUCUGCGGCGCCACUUCUCUGACUUGCAGUCCUUGUACUACGGUGGGCUGCGGAAAAACACGCUGGUCAUCCGCACCAUCUCCACUCUCAUCAACUAUGACUACAUCUGGGACUUCAUGUUCCAUGGCAGCGGGGCCGUGGAGGUCCGGGUGCACGCCACCGGCUACAUCAGCUCCUGCUUCCUCCACGGCCAAGGCACCGACUAUGGCAACAGGGUUGGGCCCCACACGCUGGGGACGAUGCACCUCCACCACAUCCACUACAAGGUGGACCUGGAUGUCAACGGGCAGCUGAACUCUCUGGAGACCCAGGACAUGGAGUACGAGCUCGUGAAAGAUCCCUGGAGCAUGCAGAACUCCAUCGAGCGGCCGUACCUCCGCAGGGAGAGGCUGGAGAGGGAAGACGAGGCCGCGUUCCUGCUCAACACCCCCAUGCCCCGCUACCUCUCCUUUGCCAGCCCCAAGCCCAACAAGUGGGGACAUCCACGCAGCUACCGGAUCCAGAUCUCCAGCUUCGCUGGGGAGCACCUGCCCACCAGCAGCCCCAUGGAGAGGUCCAUCAGCUGGGGCAG